AUGCCUCAGUCAGCGCGAUUCUGCCCUCUGCCACGACAUGGAAUCAACCACCUGCCCCCGAAACAUCGUGCUCAAUUCCAUCACUCGGGAGGCUUGGCAAGAUGCCUUCGCGAACAGGAUGUGGAAUAUGGUGCACCAUGUCGAGUACAAAAGAACCUCCAUAGACGCAGCAAAGGUAAGUAUCACAUCAGCAAGACCCUUUCGCAGCAUCCCUUUACAACGUUCAUCGUCAUCUUCGAAGCGACCUUUCCUGCUAGCAAAAAUGCAGUGGCGGGAGCACACUGUACCAAGAUCGCACCCUUCUUGAGCGACCAAGAAGGAUUCAUACCAGAGACUGGAUUCAUCUCACCGCACAACGAAGAAAAGCACUUGACGUAUGCGAAGUGCGAAGGCGAGGCUGCGGCACAGCGCUGGCGGAUGAACAGCGAGCAUCUACGAAUACAGCACAAAGCUCGCCAUGGCGUCUUUGAGGACUUCAGGUUGAGAUGUGGUUCUGAUUUUACAGAUCAAGAGCUUUUGACACCCACUGAGCAGUCUGGCCAAUACAUGAUCGUGUACGAAGAGCUCAUGUCAGAUGCAACUAAAGAGGGCGGCCUCGAAGCAAGUGCUAUAGAACGACUAAGCAUCUCAGGAGCGACUGACAUCUUCAACGAAGCUUCUGAGAUUACAGCAUACCAAGGCGAGAAGUCGAUAGUAUGGCUGAUGCCUUUCCAAUCGAAAGAGGCGGCUGUGAAGUGCAUGGCUUCGCAAGCAUUCGGCAAGCUCCAGCAUACACCAGAUGCGGUGCGACUCAUGCGCAUUAUGAGGGACUAUGGCAAGUCAAAUCGAAAGGAGGCGCCUGCUGGCGCAGGUGGCAGCAAUUGCAGAGUCUCAAGAUCCUCCAGGGAGUUCCAAGCAACACGUGGCGAGGAAGACGUUUGGGAUAAGGCAUUAAACUUCAGCCUUGAGAGGCAGUCGCAUAUACCUUGCCCACCUCAGCCACGAUCAGAAUCCAACGACAACCAGGAUCUGCGAGACAACACGAGGUCUCACCAAAGUUCGACCGACAGCCAAGACGUCAUCAGGAUCACACUUGACCUGCAUUGGACAACCUCAGUUCACUCUUGCCCUACGCCUGCACUGGAGGCCACAGUUCGACAGGGACCGCGAAUUCAGGCCACUCUGAGACGAUUCACCCAGGAUAUGGCUCCAACCGACGACGAGAUCGACCUCCUCGCAUCAGAAGUCAAGGACUAUCAGAUCACACAUGGCUCCCUCCUCAAGAUGGUUGGUUACGAGACCGAAUCAACAGUUACUGCCCGGCCUGUAAACGUCAGCCUUAUUCCCACUCCCCUCCCGUCUAAGGGCUUCCAAACUGCCAAGGACCUCCAAUCCAUCUUCAACGAGCUAUACGUGAAAGUUGCAAACGAUGAAGACUGGCUGUUCGAGACUCUGGGACCGCUUUUGGAGCAUGAUGUGUUCUUUGCUGCUCUUUGGGGUGUAUGGCUGGAGUUCAAGAAAGCUGGUGUUGUACAGCCUGUUGUGUGUGGGAUAUUUCGCUCGGAUUAUAUGUUGCAUGCUGUCGAAGAGGAUCGGGCGUUGAAGCAGGUGGAGAUGAAUACAUUCUCGGUGGCUGGCGCUUGUCAUGCUGAGCGUGUUGCUGGUAUGCAUCGGCAUUUACGGCGAACGGGUGCUGGCAGUCAGACGUCUUCCCCUAGUGGCUAUCUAGUUCGCAAGGACAACACCCAGAGUCUGGUGAAGAUCUUGCACCAAGCACACAAAGCAUACACCACCCCAAACACCACCCCGAAACAAACCUGCAUCCUCACGAUCGUGCAACCCAACAACUUCAACAUCACCGACGAAAGACCCAUCGAAUACAGUCUCUGGGGCAGAGACACCCCAUGCUACCGCUGUGAAUGGCAAAACAUCCUCAACCGCACCACUCUCUCCGACGACCGCACCCUCCACUUCCACCCACAACCCAGCACUCCCGGGUCCCGCAUCGAAGUCAGCGUAAUAUACUACCGCGCCGGCUACCAAGCCACCGAGUACGACUCGUCCGGCCUUCAAGCCCGUCUACGUCUCGAGUCAUCUCGUGCGAUCAAGUGUCCAGAUGUUCUGACACAUCUCACGACAUUCAAGGCAGUGCAGCAAGCAAGCUCUCACAAAACCCGGUGCGGUGGAACGGUUUCUGUCUCCCGAGAAGGCCGCACGAGUGCGAGGGACGUUCAUGCCCGUGCAUACUUUGGAGAUCUCCGAAGCCAGGGCGCGAGCGAUGAAGUUUGA